AAAAAAUUAAAAUCCAAGUGGGUGGGACAUCAGAGAGCAGCUGUAAAUUAUAAGGUUUAGUUUUCCGGUAUACUGACACAAUAACCUCUUGUCGGGAAUCCCGCGAAGAAAUUCGUCUCCAGCUCAGCUUUCUGCACCUCCAGUUUGAAAAUCCUCACUCUUCUUACAAUGGCAGCGAUUGGAAACCGUGGAACAGUGACUGAGGCGGCUGGUUUCAACCCAGAUGCAGAUGUCCAGGCUCUCAGAGGAGCCAUGAAGGGAACUGGCACUGAUGAAGCAGCUGUCAUCCAGGUCCUAGCCCCCCGCACCAUUGCCCAGAGGCAGCGCAUCAAGGAGGCCUACAAGCAAUCAGUGGGGAAGGACCUGGCUGAUGAUCUGUCCUCAGAGCUGAGUGGGAAUUUCAGUAGCGUGGUUCUGGGUCUGCUGAUGCUGGCGCCCGUGUAUGACGCAUACGAGCUGGAAAAUGCAAUGAAGGGGGCUGGAACAGAAGAGGCCGGCCUCAUCGAUAUUCUGGCUUCAAGGUCAAACGAAGAAAUGAAAACCAUCAAUGAGUUCUACAAGAAGGAACAUGAUAAAAGCUUGGAGGACGCUGUGUGUGGGGACACAUCAGGAAUGUUCCAGAGGGUUUUGGUCUCUUUACUCACGGCUGGUCGAGAUGAGAGCGACAAAGUGGACGAGGCGCAGGCUGUCCUCGAUGCCAAGGAAAUCUAUGAGGCUGGUGAGGCUCGAUGGGGCACGGACGAGGUUAAAUUCCUCACGGUGCUUUGUGUGAGGAACCGAAACCAUCUGCUGCGAGUGUUCGAGGAGUACCAGAAGAUUUCUGGGAGAGACAUUGAGGACAGCAUUAAGAGGGAGAUGUCCGGCUGUCUGGAGGACAUCUUUCUGGCCAUAGUGAAAUGCUUAAGGAACAAGCCGGCGUUCUUUGCAGAGCGAUUAUACAAAUCAAUGAAGGGGAUGGGCACCACAGAUACUGUCCUCAUCAGAAUAAUGGUUGCGAGGGCGGAGAUCGACAUGUUGGACAUUAAGGCGCAGUUCCUGAAGAUGUAUGGCAAGACCCUCCACUCCUUCAUUAAGGGAGACACAUCUGGAGAUUACCGCAAAAUCCUGCUGGAGCUGUGCGGAGGCGAGUAAAGCAACAUCAGCAAAGCAUCCAGCUCGGUCUUUAUUAUGAGCUUUUAUAACGUUGAUGACUUCCUUUAUUUCACCCGCUCUUCUUCCAAUUUGCAUUUCACUGAUUGACCGCAGUGCCUUCUUUUACUGUCUGUAAUGUAAUACCAAUUAAACCAAAGACCAGCGACCUGUUAA